AUGAGUGUCAUCGACAUCCUUACCAGAGUCGAUUCCAUUUGCAAGAAGUACGACAAAUACGACGUCGAGAAGCACCGUGAGUCCAAUGUCUCCGGCGAAGAUGCCUUUGCCAGACUCUACGCCUCCGUCGACGCCGACAUCGAGGCCUUGCUUCAGAAAGCAGAAACGGCUUCGAAGGAGAAAGGUAAGGCAUCUGCUGUAGCGAUCAAUGCGGAGAUUCGUCGUACUAAGGCUCGGUUGCUGGAGGAGGUUCCCAAGUUGCAGCGACUGGCUGUGAAAAAGGUCAAGGGGCUUUCUUCCCAAGAAUUUGCUGCCCGUAAUGAUUUGGCUCUUGCUCUACCAGAUAGAAUCCAAGCUAUCCCUGAUGGGUCUCCUGCCGUGCCAAAACAAACUGGAGGCUGGGCAGCUUCUGCCUCACGUCCUGAAAUUAAGUUUGAUUCAGAUGGGCAAUUUGAUGAUGACUAUUUCCAACCAUCUGAGCAAUCGAGCCAAUUUAGGCAGGAGUAUGAAAUGCGUAGAAUUAAACAGGAUCAAGGGUUGGAUGUGAUUGCUGAAGGAUUGGAUACAUUGAAAAACAUGGCCCAUGAUAUGAAUGAGGAAAUGGAUAGACAAGUUCCGCUGAUGGAUGAGAUUGACUCUAAGGUGGACAAGGCAUCCUCUGACCUUAAGAAUACAAAUGUUAGGCUCAAAGAUACAGUGAACCAGCUUCGGUCCAGUCGAAACUUCUGUAUUGAUAUUAUUUUGUUGAUUAUAAUUUUGGGAAUUGCUGCCUACUUAUACAAGCCUGCUCAAUUUGCUUAUUGA